UCUCCCGAUUUCAGAAUCUCAGAUUUGUGCACCAACUCUCUCUCUCUAUAAAUACAGAUACACGCCACAUAUUCGGGAAAUUUUCUCCAACAAAAAGGAAGAAAUCCUGUAGAAGAGGUGUGCAUGAUGAGUGAAAAGGCAGAGAACAUGGUGAGAGAAGAGGGAGAGGGCUUUGAGGAGGACGGCGAGACUGAGGAGGCGGCGUUGGAGAGGGCUUUCGACGAAAUAGAGGUGCCGCCGUGGCAGAAGCAGAUCACGAUUAGGGCGAUGGUUACCAGUUUGAUUUUGAGCGCCGUCUUCAAUGUCAUAGUCUGCAAGCUGAAUCUGUCCACCGGUGUGAUUCCGUCGCUCAACGUGGCGGCGGGGCUUCUAGGUUUCGCCGCCGUCAAGGCGUGGACGGUUAUGAUCCAAAAGUGUGGCCUCCUCAAGCAGCCUUUCACCAGGCAGGAGAAUACUGUUAUACAGACUUGCGUUGUCGCCUCUUCCGGCAUUGCUUUUAGCAGUGGGACAGCAAGUUAUCUACUGGGUAUGAGUCCAUUAACAGCAUCGCAAGCUGAUUCAGGGAAUACUCCGAUCAACGUGAAGACACUCUCUCUUGGAUGGAUUACUGGGUUCCUUUUUCUUGUCAGCUUCGUAGGCCUUUUCUCGAUUGUGCCCCUAAGAAGGCUGAUGAUCUUGAAGUAUAAAUUGACAUAUCCAAGUGGGACUGCCACAGCCUACCUUAUCAACAGUUUCCACACUCCCAAAGGAGCAAAGCUAGCUAAGAAGCAAGUGUGGGUGCUUUUCAAAUCUUUUGUUGGUAGCUUUACAUGGGCUUUCUUCCAGUGGUUCUUCACUGCUGCUGAUAACUGUGGUUUUAGUAGCUUCCCCACUUUCGGCCUUAAAGCCUUUAGCCAAAGGUUCUACUUUGAUUUUUCGGCUACAUAUGUGGGAGUUGGAAUGAUAUGCCCUUACAUGGUUAAUGUUUCAUUAUUGAUUGGAGCAAUCAUCUCUUGGGGCCUUAUGUGGCCGGCGAUUGAGUCCAAGAAAGGCAUCUGGUUCCGCGCAGACUUGCCUGGGAGCAGCCUUCAUGGAAUCCAAGGAUACAGAGUGUUUCUUGCCAUUGCAACCAUACUUGGCGACGGCCUAUUCCAAGUGGUAUACAUGGUUACACUCACAGUCAAGAGCUUCGUACAACAGAGCUUGCACAAGAAUGACAACAUUAAUCUUGAUGAGGGAGAUGUAGUGGAAGACUACAACGAGAAAAAGAGAACCGCAUACUUCUUGAAGGAUCAAAUUCCCAACACAACAGCCAUAGGUGGAUACAUUGUUCUGGCUCUCAUCUCAACAUUUGUAGUGCCGCAGAUCUUCCAUCAGAUCAAGUGGUACCAAAUUCUAGUAGCCUACAUAAUAGCUCCGGUUCUCGCCUUCUGCAAUGCCUAUGGCUGUGGCCUCUCUGAUUGGUCCCUGGCCUCCAACUAUGGCAAGAUAGCCAUCCUGGUGUUUAGCUCAUGGGUGGGGCUAGAGCAUGGCGGGGUUCUUGCAGGGCUUGCCUCAUGUGGUGUGAUGAUGAGCAUUGUGUCGACAGCCUCUGAUCUGAUGCAGGAUUUCAAGACAGGGUACCUCACCCUAUCCUCCCCUCGCUCAAUGUUCGUCAGCCAAGUCAUUGGCACUGCAAUGGGGUGUGUCCUAUCUCCUCUGGUGUUCUGGUUCUUCUAUAAGGCCUACAGCGUAGGUGACCCCAACGGUGCGUACCCAGCCCCCUACGCCUUGUUGUACCGUGGCAUUGCACUCUUGGGAGUGGAGGGCUUCUCGGCACUUCCCCACAACUGCUUGAUGCUUGCAAUCGUGUGCUUCCUGGUGUCUGUGGCCAUCAAUGUGCUCACUGUGGUGUUGAAAAGGUAUGAGACCAAGUACAGGAUCUACAGGUUUAUCCCUAGCCCCAUGUGCAUGGCUAUUCCAUUCUAUCUUGGAGGCUACUUCGCCAUUGACAUGUGCAUUGGGAGUGUCCUUUUGUUCGCGUGGCAAUUGAAGAACAAGAAGCAGGCGGAUGAGCUGUCGCCUGCUGUCGCAUCGGGGCUCAUCUGUGGUGACUCUCUGUGGGGAGUUCCAGCGGCGAUAUUGGCUCUGGCCGGAGUGAGUCCUCCAAUCUGCAUGAAGUUUUUGUCUGCCUCGGCGAACAAGCGUGUUGAUGCUAUGCUUGGCGCCUAAUUUCGUGGUUGAGACCAUGUUUCUUAAUAUUUACUUGAAAAGAUUUAGUUUUUAUUUUCAUUUUCAUUUUCAUUUUCAUUUUCAUUGGUAUGAUUGUUAGUUACUAUUGCUAAAUUUGAGGGCUGAUGAUAGUUGGCUCGCUUU